UGUAGUUUAACAUCUGAGGGAAGCUUCUUAGUGCUUAUUAUCUUUGUUAUUAUUGAAACGUCUUAACGUUUAUUUUAAAUAAAUGUCACUUGUUUUAUUCUGCAGAUUGUAAAGUGUUGUGAUUUUUUGGAGACUAAGGAGCGGUUUGGAGCUGCAGUUGUUUCUCACAGUGGGACUUUAUUGAACCGGCAGUCCUGGUGUUUGUGAUGGAGAUAAAAACAGACGGCGCAGCCGGACACAUCACACAUCACACACUUCAGAUGAACAGCAUGAUGCCACGCAUGCAGGCUUUAUGGACGUGCUCGGUGCUGAUUGUCAUUUUGUUCACAGAGUCGCACUGCAUUCAGAAGACGACUCUGACUAAAAACUGGGGACCGCAGUCGAUGCUGUACCUGAAGGGGAAAUAUGGGAGGAGAUACGUUCCAGACAGCGGUGUGGACUUUUAUAAAUCAGCUCUGAAAAGCUGGUACGCAGUUAUCAGAGAUUUUGAAAAGAUGAAGUCAGUGCAAACUGGAAGAUCGACUCGUCUUUUCACGGCCGAGAACCUGCUGAUCCGUUACACAGAGUAGGCUCCAUUUAUGCAGCUGAAUAUAUUCAGAAAUUGUAAAAAUGUUUCAGAACUUUGAGCCUUUAACUUUUUUUUACAUUUCUUUUUGAUUCAUUAAAUGUGCAGUUAGGUGUAAUGAGUUGCUGAUGUAAUGUUAGAUGAUGAUGAUGAUGAUGAUGAUGAUGAUGAUGAGGUGUUUUCUACACCGCUUGCUCUCCU